GCGGCGGCGGCGGCGGCGGCGGCGGCGGCGGCGGCGGCGGCACCAAUGGCCAUCCGGAAGAUGAACAACAACGCUCGCGUGCAAAAGAAGAAGACGACGACGACAACGUCGAUAUCAUCGUCGCUCGAGUCGACGCUGAGCAGCAGCAACCUCAGUGCGGGAAGCAACGGCAGCGGCGGCAGCAGCGGCGGCAGCAGCAAGUUCUUCGUGGUGACGCCCGAGAGCGUCAACGCGCACGCCGACAAGCCGAACCCGUUCGAGUGCUUCGAGACGGCGAUGCGGCAGUCGCAGCGGGGGCGCAAGGGCCCGCUGGCGAGCGGGACCAAGGAGAGCGCGCUGCAGGUGCGGCGGGUCGGGGCGUGCUUCUGCUGCCACGCGCGCAAGGUCAAGUGUGACAAGGAGCGGCCGUGCCGCAACUGCCAGAAGCUCAAGCUGCAGGUGCCCGAGGCCAUGUGCUGGCAGUUUCCCGACUUUUUGCAGGUGCUGUUCCCCGAGUUCAUCCGCGGCCACUUCCGCAAGGACGAGAUGAGCAAGUUCCUCGCCGACAACAUCAAGGACUUCACCGUCGACGGCGUGGCCAAGCCGUGCACCGUCGAGCUGUUCUCUGGUAACGGCUUCCGCGCCGUGCUGUCGGUCAGGGCCAAGUUCUUCACGGCCAAGACGGCCGACGUGCUGCAGCACUGGCACAUGCAGGUCGGGGGCAACAAGCUGGACCUGCAGACGCGCAAGGCGGUGCCCAUCGGGCUCGAGACGGCGGCGACGGCGGACGGGGCGGGCGGGUCAGCGGUGCCGCACAAGGACGAGCUCAAGAAGAAGGCGCGUGAGUACAUCCAGGCCAUGGUCAGCGAGCCGCGGUACGCGGAGCUGGUGACGGAGUCGCUGCGGCACACGGCGCUGCCGCGGCAGGUGCUGCGCAUCGUGCAGGACUACUCGGAGCGCAGCGGGUCGGGCAUGGUGAAGCGGGCGCUGUCCAUCUACGCCAUGCACUACGUCAUGACGCGGCACCUGUGCCUGACGCAGCGGGCGGUGGCGACGCUGGGGCCGAGCAAGCUGGUGCCGCAGAACACCCCGUGGGUGACGCCGCGGGUGCUGAACCGGCAGAUCAAGGCCGUGGUGGACGACAUGAUGCUGCGCGAGAUGCAGCUGCUGUUCGAGACCUUCAACAAGUCGCUCAAGCCCAAGUCGCGCAAGGAGUGGGCGCCGUGCCUGGCCGCCUUCCUGGUGCUCUGCCUCUUCAUGGAGUCGGUCGAGACGGCGGCCGACACGUUUGUCAUCUCGGAGAACGAGAUCAGCCUGCGCAGCCGCCUGGCGCCCGUGUGGAAGCGGUCGUUUGCGCUGGGCGUCAACCGCGAGGUCGAGAACAUGCCCUUCAAGCAGUUCGCCUUCCAGUUCCACCAGAUCUACCAGACGCACUCGCGCGACGCCGCCGCCCGCAGCUUCAACCCCCUCGUCGACGACGCCUGCAUCGCCCAGGGCGAGCUGGACAGUGACGCAGCCGACAUGGUGCGCAAGCUGAGGUGGUUCCUGGAUGACCCGCAAUGGGCCGAACUGGACUUUCUGACUGCGGAUCCCAUCCUUCCCAACGAGGAGGAGCACCCGUACCCUCGCGACGUGGCCUUCAACUACACGGGUCGCCUCGUGGCCAAGUUCCUGCUCUCGUUUACCGACGAGACGUACAUAUUCGGCCGCAGCAGCAGCAGCACUUGACAGGCAUGUGACUUUGGAUGAUUCGAUCUUGGAGUUUGCAGUUGUCUCACGGACGGGUCAUGGUGGGUUCCGGGUUGGUAUAAUGAUUAGAGCGGCGUUUUUGGGAUUUGAAUGCAGCAUGGAUAGGUACGGUUGGUUGGUUGGUUGGAUACCCAGACUUUCUUUCAUCUUCAAACAUGACAUGGACAGUGCAAGGCAGGCAGGGCGGCAAUGUUCUUGUAUUAUGUACGGAUGCGCAAGAGAAUAUAGUG